AUGCACCUCUGUGCGGGGCCCCGCCCUGUAGAGAAAGACCGAACUGGUUUCAUCCUCGUCCUGAUGCACCAGCUUGUUUUGUGGCGAGAUUUGUGUUCAGGUUUAUCAUCUCGUCUCCAAGGGCAGUUCGGCUUUUCCUGCAAGCGGUUCUCAGCACGCAGUCAUGUGUUCUGGGACUGCUGUAUCCUUAGCAGGAGGGUCUCACCAGCAGGUCCAGUGUGGAGGGCUGAUCUGAAGGGGAUUUUAUUGGGAAUAAGACUGGAGUGCCUGCCCAUGAUCUUGUGCGGAUGCCCUGGGCCCAGGUGUCAGCACUGUGACCAGUAG